GGCUCGACUCAGCCAUUCAGCAUAGUCUGUAAGUUACAACUAACAGAGCGCGUAACUGGAAAGCGGUAUCGUUUCUUGUGCUGGUAAAUUUAAAACAGCUCGUAUAAAGCACUUGUGGCCAACAUCAUUUGCGGUGUUCCUCCCUUUUUAAUUCAGAAAAACGAGUCCAAUAGUGAAGUGGUGUCGGCUUGUCUCCAGGCCGUGUCGUCUCUCACGGACCAAUCAGCAUCCAGCGGGCCUGAGAGCGCAGCGCGAGCCCUGACUGACUGACUGAGCGCUCGAGCGUGCGGGGAGAUUCUGUCACUGAGGCACCACCAAACAGCGCAUCCGCAAAAUGCCGAAUAAAACGAAAAAAGAAAAGGAAUCGCCGAAAUCUGCGAAAGCCAGCAGUAAAAACAGUAACGUCAACGCUGGAAAGGAUACUGGGACUGAAAAUUCAGACGAGGCGCAGCAGCAGUCAGCCAGCAAGCGUCCUAGCAACAGCACUCCACCUCCAACUCAGCUCAACAAAAUCAAGUACUCAGGUGGUCCACAGAUUGUCAAGAAAGAGCGCCGACAGAGCUCUUCUCGCUUUAACCUCAGCAAGAACCGUGAGCUACAGAAGCUUCCUGCACUUAAAGAUGCCCCACCUAUCGACAGGGAGGAGUUGUUUGUUCAGAAGCUGCGCCAGUGCUGUGUGCUGUUUGACUUCGUGACGGAUCCUCUCAGUGAUCUGAAGUACAAGGAAGUGAAGCGUGCCGGACUGAAUGAGAUGGUGGAAUACAUCACACACAAUCGUGAUGUAGUUACUGAAUGCAUCUAUCCCGAGGCUGUCAUUAUGUUUUCAGUGAACCUAUUUAGGACCCUGCCUCCUUCUUCUAAUCCUACUGGAGCAGAAUUUGAUCCUGAGGAGGAUGAGCCUACACUGGAGGCAGCUUGGCCCCACCUGCAGCUGGUGUAUGAAUUCUUCUUGCGCUUCUUGGAGUCACCUGAUUUCCAGCCUAAUAUCGCCAAAAAAUACAUUGACCAAAAGUUUGUAUUGUCUCUCCUGGAGCUAUUUGACAGUGAAGACCCCAGAGAGCGGGACUUCUUGAAAACAAUUCUACACAGGAUUUAUGGCAAGUUCCUGGGACUUAGAGCAUACAUCCGUCGACAGAUCAACAACAUAUUCUAUAGGUUUAUAUAUGAAACAGAGCAUCACAAUGGCAUUGCAGAGCUCUUGGAAAUUCUAGGAAGUAUAAUUAAUGGCUUUGCCCUGCCAUUGAAAGAGGAGCACAAAAUGUUCCUGAUUCGAGUGCUCCUGCCACUGCACAAGGUCAAGUCACUCAGUGUCUAUCACCCUCAGCUGGCAUACUGUGUUGUUCAGUUUUUGGAAAAAGACAGCAGUCUCACUGAACCAGUUAUAAUGGGUCUGUUGAAGUUCUGGCCCAAGACCCAUAGUCCUAAAGAGGUGAUGUUCUUGAACGAGUUGGAGGAAAUCCUGGAUGUCAUUGAGCCUUCAGAGUUUGUAAAAGUUAUGGAGCCUCUGUUUAGACAGCUAGCCAAGUGUGUAUCAAGUCCGCACUUUCAGGUUGCUGAAAGGGCACUGUAUUACUGGAACAACGAGUACAUCAUGAGUCUGAUCAGUGACAAUGCUGCCAAAAUCCUUCCCAUCAUGUUCCCUGCUCUUUAUAAGAACUCCAAAAGUCAUUGGAACAAGACAAUCCAUGGGCUUAUUUACAAUGCUCUGAAGCUCUUUAUGGAGAUGAACCAGAAGCUGUUUGAUGAUUGCACUCAGCAGUACAAAGCGGAGAAGCAAAAGGAGAAGUACAAACUAAAGGAGCGGGAAGAGAUCUGGCACAAGAUUGAACAGCUUGCUAAACAAAAUCCUCAGAUUACAAAGAUCCAUCCUAGUCUCCGACCUGGUCUGCCUCAGGAUGCGUAUAUAAUGUAUAAUGAAAACCAAGGGAUGCCACACUAUUCCAUGGAGACAGAGACUCCCACUGCUGAGGACAUCCAGCUGCUGAAGAAGACUGUGGAAUCUGAGGCUUCACAGGGAAUGAAGGAUAUAAAGAAGGACAAGGUGCUGAUGCGACGGAAGUCAGAGCUGCCGCAGGAUGUGUACACUAUAAAGGCUCUGGAGGCCCACAAGCGGUCAGAAGAGUACCUGACUGCUAAUCAGGAAGCCCUCUGACUGAGGAACACCACAACCAGUCACCUGCACCACGCCUAGACUGUCCCACUCGUAUUUGUCCAGACAUGUCGCCUGCUGUAUACUCCCCCUCCUUUCCUCCUUUUGUCUCUGCCUCUUUCCUUCUUCACUUCCUCUUGGAGAGGCCUUUCUGCAAAAUCCUGGCUAGCACGCAAUCGUGAAGAGCUCCCAUUCUCUCUCUCUUGCUCGCUCUCUCUCACUUGCGCUUUCUCUUCUUCCCUCCUUGCCGCUUCCAUUUCAAUGGCAACUCCAAACCACAAAAAACAAUCAUGAAAAACAGUAUGUGAAUUGUACUACAACAAUUUAUUUUUCAAAAAAAUGUUUCCUCUUUAUUGUGGUAUUUUUUAAUGUUCUAUAUUUUGUUGCAAUUUUUCCAAAUUUUACUGUCUUCACCUCUUUUGCCCUGCUUUUAAACUGUUGUUUUCUCACUUUUCCCUUCACUGGCCCAGUACAUCCAUACUCACUUAGGCAAUCGACUGCGUUGUCUAAAAGAUAAUAAGCAACCCAUUAGUGACACUGACAGUGCAUUUGCUUGAGCCAGAUUUAGGGACUGGGGAGUGUAGGUCUUUAUUUCUGGAUCAUGUUGCCUUGCUCUUGUGGGACAGUGUGAUGCAUAUGAAUGUAAACUUGCUAUCAAAAUAUACCACAGGCAGCCUACAGGAUCUGUAGAGUUGUUUGUUCCCUGCAGAACCUAGCUGUUGAUAAUUCUUGGUGUCCUCAUGCAAUAAGUUCAAAGUAAAAUAUAACUGUGUAAAAGUACAUGAAAAAUACCUCAAGACAAGGCAUCAUGCUUCCUUCUUAGAUGUCGUAAGUUCAAGCUUUUGUCAUCAGCUCAGCAACUGACAUAAGAAUUAGCCAGGUUUAUUGGUCCAGAUGCAUGUGCUAGUGGCAGUCUGAAGUGUCUGAACUGAAAGCCUUGCUGUGCAGUAGCCAAAUGGUGGAAUCGCUAUGAUUUUAUUUAUGCCUGUAGUCACAUUUAUACUGUCAACAGGAUUUAAUGUUUAGCCUGUUUCCUGCCUUACUGGUGAACUGAGAACACAACACUGUAAGGUGCUGAAUGAAAUUGCUGACCUCUUAAAACACCAGCAGACCAUUCCAUAUUUCAUUAUCAUUCUACAAAAGAAUGCUGUAUCUCAAUGUUCUGUACCUCAAAAAUGUGUCUAUAAGUUACCAAUCAUUACACAUGGUUCCAUGAUGUGUGGUUA